AUGGAGCUGUACGUGCUGCUCCCGUGGUUGAGCGUUGUGUUUUUAGAACUUACAAGUGGCGUCGCACAUGUGGAAGCCUACGUGACACAAAGCAAAAGUGCCCUCAAGAAGAAGUACAGGCCAAUUUACCACAUAUCGUCUCCAAAAGGAUGGGUCAGUGACCCCACCGGCUUCACGUUUUUCAAGAGGCAAUAUCACAUGUUCUUUCAGUAUCACCCGUAUGCUGGCUCAUGGGGACACAUUAAUUGGGGGCAUGCUGUGAGUAUGAACCUAGUAGAUUGGACUCAUUUCCCACCGGCGAUUACACCAAAUGAGUAUUACGAAAUGCACGGUUGCCAGUCCGGAACUGCCCUGGUGAAUAAUAACUAUCUUACACUUUUCUACACGGGUACUGUUUUAGCAGAUAACGAAACGUUCCAGACACAAAAUUUGGCGCUGAGUUCUGAUGGAGUUGUAUUCCAAAAAUACAUUUAUAACCCCAUAAUAAGGGAAGCACCGCAUGGAGUCGGGGAAUUUCGUAACCCCAGAGUUUGGAGGUUCCGUAAUACUUGGUACAUGAUGAUAGGAACAACUUCGAGAGAAAGGAAUGGAAAGUUAAUACUUUAUACAUCAGGUGAUAUGUUUAAUUGGAAGUUGGAUGGUACCAUAGCGGAGUCAAUGGGAGAUAUGGGAUACAUGUGGGAAAACCCAGAUAUGUUUGAAAUGGACGGACAGCACAUUUUGAUUUUUUCCGCUCGAGGUAUUAAAAGCGAAGGUUACAGAUUCAGGAAUCUGUACCAAACUGGCUACGUGAUUGGGCAUUUUGACUACGUGCUUGGUCAGUUCGAAGAUUUGGAAAUAUCAACUGCAACAUUCGUCGAGUUGGAUUAUGGUCAUGAUUUCUAUGCAGCGAAGACCAUGCUCUGUAAAGAUGGAAGAAGGCUGUUAAUUGCGUGGCUAGGUAUGUGGGAGAGUGAUUUUAUUGAAUCUAAAGACGGAUGGGCAAGCAUGUUGACCAUGGUAAGGGAACUGCGUCUAUCAGAUUCUGGUCGCCUUACGAUGACGCCGGUUCGAGAGAUAGUGGAUCUUCGAGCGGAAAUCUUGGAAGACUCAUGGUACAGACCCGGAGAAAUGUUUUACGCAGGGACUAAAUCAUUCGAGUUGAUUGUUAAUUCGAGUGCUAUAGUAUCUUUUGUCGGUUUAGCUUUGGAAUGGGGGGCAGAACACAGGUACACGAUAGGAUAUCACGCGGACCAUGGUCACGUUAGCGUGGACCGUGGUGGUACAGAUGGUGUCAGAAUAGCCGAAUGGUCACCCACUGGCUUUGUACACUGGCGAAUAUUCGUUGAUGGUAGUUCCGUAGAAGUGUUCUGCGGUGAGGGCGAAGUGGUAUUUUCAAGUCGCAUCUACCCCAAAAAACAAAUACGAGUCAGAGUAACUGGUGACACACAGCUUCAUAUAAUUCAGUACAGACUUCGCCGCAGCAUCGGACACAAUAAUAAAAAAACGAAGCAACGAAACAAGAAAAGGACGAAAUUAAAAAAAUUUAAAAUCGAUGGAGAAAUUAAUGUAUAA